AAACUCUCUUCUCUGUCCAAUGAUCAGGGCAAAAUCAACAAGGACCCCUCCUUCGAGGAUCAACAUUAUUCCUCAAGAGUUAUCAUAGACUCAGGUCUCCCUCCACGCCGUUGUUACCGUCCCAAUGUUUGACAACAAAGCGUCUGCUACUAGCUAUCCGUCGCGAUACCAGCCCGUCGUAAGAAAUCCGAUGGAGGAAAAAACGCAACGGCUGAGUGACGGCAGCCGUGGCAACUGGUCGAGUCCGCCUCCCGCGCGUAGCCGCUCGCCAAUCUCGCUCUCCUGCUUCCAGCAUUUCCCGAGUUCCUUCCCGUGAAUCUUCGUCGACCCGUCACGUUCCCGCCACAUUUCCCCGCCACGUCGGGAGUCCGCAAACUGAUGCUUCUAGGGCUACAACGCAACGGCCACCUUGGUCACCUGGAGCCUCUGGUCAUCCUUCGGCUCAGCCGCGAAACACUGUAGCCGAAAGGAGCUUUAUGAGCAGCCGAUAUUAUCAUCCCGAGCAUAUGGACACACCUGCUGAACUCCCAUUGGCCGCCGUCGGGUCGCAUCAUGCUGUGCUGCGCGAAACUAGAGGCGGCGUCAAUCGCGCGAGGGGCCUUUGUGGUUUUAACGAGCGCAGACAAGGUACUGUUACACAAACGGGGCGAGCAAGUUGUCUGGCAGCAGAGGGUGUUUCUGCCAAAGAGGCCAAGGGUACUGCACCAGCUUUGACGUGGCAGGCCAAAGUGGCGUUCAGUGUGCUUCUCCUCCUGUUGCUGGUGGUGCCAAUGCUGCUGCCUGACCUUGGAGCACCUCCGAGUGCUAUUUUGCUGCUGCCACUUGUGGUUAUGCUGCUACUUCUGGGCCUAGCUGCUAUGCCUUCCUCUGCAGUUCCUUCUGUUAGUUCACAUAGAGAAGCUGCUACUGUAUGCUUCUAACUCGGUUGCUUUUAAAGCACAUAAUAGUUUUAAUUUUGUGAAAAAUGCA